GCAAGCGGUGUUUCAAGUUUCAACGGACACACGUAUUCCCCACUUAUUUGUAUGUCUUAAUUGAUAACGUGACCCACAUUAUCUUCAACCACACAGCUUACAUAGAUAUUUCUCUCUCAUAAAUCAUCACCAAGAUCAUAGAUAAAUAAUUGAACAACACUGUUCAUAUCUUGCAGAACCUACCUCUUGUAAAUUAACUUAUCAAAACUAUGGAUUCAGAAUCUCACAAAAACACAGGGAGCCAUGGGGAAGAGAAGAAGAUUUCAACCAGCGAGCUUAUGGCGAGUGCAAAAAUUGUAGCAGAGGCAGCACAAUCAAGUUUGGGGAAAGGCUCUGCAGAUCAAAAGCCGAUGGACAAGGCGAAGGUGGCGGAGGCUGCAGGAGAUCUUCUUGAUGCGGUUGGUCAGUAUGCUAAAUUGGAUGAUCAGAAGGGGUUAGGACAGUAUGUUGAUAAGGCUGCUGAUUAUCUGCAUGGUUAUCAUCCCAAAGGUCAUGAUGCGGCCACGACUGCUCCACCUUCUUCCAAACCGGAUCAUCACAAAGGUAAUGAUGCGGAAAAGUCUGAAGGUGGAGGAGGUGGACAUCAUGGGUUAGGUGAUGGUCUUGCUAAGGUUGCUGGAGGCUUCUUUAAAUGAUAAUUCACUGAUUUCAUGUCUGCAUCUUGAUUGAUUAAUAACUUUACCGUUUGGACUAAGAUCAUGUGCCCUUUUUUUAUUUUUUUUUUUAUUUUUUAAUCUCCUAAUUCUGUUGCAUAUAUUAUUUAUCACUUCUCUUAUUCGAUUUAAUGUCGUGUGAAAUUUGUUCUCAUUUCUUGUUUGCUGACAAACAACGUGAACAACUUCAUGAGACAUAGCUUAUGGUUAUUUAUUACUUA